GCUCAGCACCACCCGGCUCUGGCUGGGCAAGGCGCUGGCACUGAGGGACCCUGCCCAGGGGGGAACCCAGCACCGGAGGUCUGGAAGCUCUGUCCAGAGCCAUGGGGUGCAGGAGGGUCCCUGGCAGGGUGCUGGCUUUCCAGCUGAGCUGUCUGCUUCUCCUGGGGCCGCUGCCCUCCCCAGCCUGUCCCAGUGCCUGCCGCUGCUCCUCGGGAGAGGCUGACUGCAGCCAGCACGGGCUCCGGGAGGUGCCCCAGAGCCUUUCCACCAACACCAGCGCCCUGUGGCUUGGUUACAACUUCAUCGCGGUGCUGGGGCCGGGUUCCUUCCCUCCCCUGCCGAAGCUGUUGCUGCUCAGCCUGCCCCACAACCAUCUGGGGCUGAUCCACAGCCGGGCGCUGCUGGGGCUCGGGGCGCUGCGGGACCUGGACCUCAGCAACAACCGCUUGACCGUGCUGAGCCCCGACACCUUCCUGCCCCUCACCAGCCUGGUCAUGCUCAACCUGGGCAGCAACAGGCUGAGGGAGCUGGAGCCUGGGCUGGCGGAGGUCCUGCCCCAGCUCCAAGGUCUCCUUCUGCAGGACAACCCCUGGGUGUGCAGCUGCAGCAUUCGGCCCCUCUGGCGCUGGCUCAGCCACAACAGGGAAAAAGUGCAAGAGAAGACUUUGCUCCUCUGCAGAGCUCCAGAGCAGCUGAAUAAUUAUCCAAUCAUGGACCUCAGGAAUGAGUCCUUCACACAGUGUCAGGAGACCUCACUCACUGUUCAGCACUACAUUGCCUUCUUCAUCAUUGGACCCUUCUGCUUCAUGGCCAGCAUCUUCUUCUGCACCUUCAUGGGCUCCAUCACAGUGUUUUGCCAGCACCUACGCAGGGAACCCGACUCCUGGAGGAGACCCCACAUCUGUGGGGGCCACUGAGGGAGGGUGGCCAGGCCAGGAGGUGGUCCAUGCCCUUCUCCACCUGCCUCUAUCCCCCUCUUGCAAACAUUUCUCGUGGACCAGUGAGUGGAUGCUCCGUGCCUGGAAACCCCUUUUCUUCCUCCCAGAACCCCUGAGAUGAUGCCAAACCCCAGCUCAGCCCCGCGGCAGGACAUGGGCUGCAGCUGCUCUCAGUGUCUCAGGGGGUUGCCCCCAACCACCUCAGACCUGCACAUCUCCUUCCUGGGGCUUGCCAGCUGAUCCUUCUCCAGCUCACCCUUCAGUUCCAGACUGUCCCCAGCCCCCGUUGCCAGGCCUGGCCAUCAGCCUGGCAUCCCAUAAUGGUGAUAUCCCUUCCCUCCCAGUCCUCCCUGCACCUCCUGCCCUUUCUCCUCCUGGUUUCUCCAUCCCUCCCUCCAUCUUUUACUCUUUUCAAACCCUGCAGCAGUGCUGGGUGAGGCUCUGAUUCAGCUCGGGGCUCCCUGCCAGCUUUGCCAGAAGGCAGAGAAGGAAAGAGGCACAAGGCACCAGAAUAAACCACUUCAUGAUCCAGUUUAGACUUUACUGAGCUCUUGCAAAAACUUGGUAUUAAUGUUACAUUGACGUAUAAAGUAGAAUGGGUCCAAAUUCUCAGCUGGAGCGAGAUGAACUUGAUGGAGCCACUGCAGUCAGUGGGAUGAUGAUCACAGACCUCAGCUGCUGCCUGAAAAUCCUGGCUGCAAAGGCUGCCCACCUUCAGGGGAACCCCUCUGCUCG